AUGGGACGAUACUCAACCAGCGGCUACUGCUACACUUGCCGAAGACGGCGCGUUAAAUGCGGUAAGGUGUUGAAGAUUUCUAAUUCGGAAAUGGGUGCUCUAACACGAAAUUCGUAUGUCGUAGAUAAGGUCAAGCCUUUGUGCGGUCAAUGUUUUCGCUCUGGCCAUUAUUACAGAGGCUACCAGCCCGUUCUACGGAUGCAGCAUUAUGUAGCUAUGGAUCAAGGCAGCGCCAGACCUCCGGGUGUAACGUUAAAUGGGCUUGAAAUUCCCAUAGACCAGUUCUCUACGAUGGUAGCUAUGGGGAGAAUUGACGAGAGGAUUCGCUCAUGUCUCCACUCUGUCUAUCAAUGGGCGCCUAUUUGGUAUCCGAUGUUGAAGACGGCAAUUGAGCUUGGCUCACCUACAAUUAAUCGGAUUUGUAGUCUGGCGAUUAUAUAUGGAUGCAUGGGGAAAAAACUCAAAGUGCAGACGCUACUCGCGCAAUCUCAAGACUUAUAUGCAGAAGCACUACAACAAACUCAGACUUUGAUUAGGCAGUCAGAUAAAACAGCCCUAGCCAAGCUGGUAUCUGCUGUCCUAAUGAUGGCCAUGUAUACUGUGAGGGGUACCGGAAAUACUCAUGUCAACGGCUUAAACCAAAUUUUAGAGUAUUGUGGGCCAGAAUAUUUUGAGCACGAAGCUCUGAUUUCUACAUACCGAUCUUGUAGAGUCUUCCAUCUUUGUUGGGGAGUUCGACAUCAACAGCGCUCCUUUUUGGAAGCUCCGAUAUGGUCGUCUGUUCCGUGGAAACGUAGCCUGAAUAUAACUGAAAAUACACUAUUGAAUAUUUUGAUCAGAAUCCUGGGAUUAUUAGAAGACAUAGCCGAGCAUGGUGAUUAUGCACGGUUUAAACCCGAAAUAAGUGAAUAUAUUUCCGAACUUUAUAAAUGGCGAACUGAAUGGUAUCACGCACAUCCUACCGCUGUUUGGGAAACCUUUGACCACUCUACAGAUGAAACUACUUCAGCUCUUUCCUUGGACGAGACUCUAUCAAAACCUCUAGAGUUCAGUUCUGUAUCGUUGGCUUUGGAAAUUAUAUAUUAUAACUCGGCACUUAUACAGCUUAUGCGGCUUAAAUGGUCCAUUGUAUCUCCGUUCAUUCGACCAACUCCAGUAAGGCGCGAGAAUAUGGCAUACAUUUGCCGAAUGGCCCAUGGAGCAAACGGGAAUGGCCUCUUACUCCCUCACCAAAUUCGAUUUCAAUGUCAAUUGGCUAUUGAGGCGCUCAGAAUCACACAAUAUAUUACAAGAGAAUUACAACGCUCAGUAAUUGACCAAUAUAUCCCUCCAUCACCGUUUGGCAUAAUUUAUUGGGCAUUGGUGGAUGAACCUGAAAUACAAAGCUACGUGGCGUCCAAGUUGUUCGAAUGCCCCCCAUUCACUGAAAGGAAAGUGGCAUUUGAAGAAUUCAAAGCACAUUUUCAAUUACCGCAGAAAAUAAUUAUAUAA